AUGCGGCGUCUUCUCGCUGUUUUACCAAAUUUUACUCGACCUACGGUGCACGUUGCUGGCACCAAUGGGAAGGGCAGUACCACUGCUAUAGUGGAAUCCAUCCUGCACGCCGCAAAUUUUCGUACCGGCCGUUUCAACAGCCCCCACUAUGUUGAUCCUUGGGACUGCAUCUCCGUCAACAAGCUUCCUGUAACACAAGAUCAAUACACCUCUACUCGUUCCCGAAUCGAAUCCCUCGACGAAUCGAACAAAGUUUCUGCCUCGCAAUUCGAGAUUCUCACCGCGACGGCACUUAUGAUUUUUGAGGAUGAAAAGGUUGAUAUCGCAAUCCUUGAAUGCGGUAUGGGAGGGAAAUCCGAUGCGACAAACGCUAUACCGAAUGAGGCAGUUUUGGUGUCGGCUUUGACGUCCGUUGACUUGGAUCACCAAGCUUUCCUAGGCGACACAGUGGAAGAAAUUGCUGCUCACAAGGCACAUAUUGCAAGACCUGGGCGGCCCUUUGUUUUGGGACCACAGAAACGUCCAUCUGUUAUACCCGCAGUAGAGCAGGUCACCGAACAACGAAGGGCAAACCUUGUACCAGCUCGUCUUGCAAGAGUGCGUCCAUGGGAAGAAGUUGUCGACGGUCCAAAGCCUGUCAGCGACCGAUCCCGACUUGAGGCAGGUACUCCGCCGCCAGGAACCCCCGUGCUGUUCGAUUCAGAGUAUGCGAUCAAGACAAUUCUUAACCUUCAUGGGGAACAUCAAUUGGAAAACCUUUCGACCGCUCUCACCAUCAUCGACACAAUUCGACGCGGACCGCCGUUUUCGCGCAUUACGGAUGAGAACAUAGCCGACGGUGUCCGCUCUACCCAAUGGCCGGGGCGGCUAAGCUGGACCAGAGUAUGCACGCCGGAUGGGCCGAAGACAGUGCUGCUUGAUGCAGCUCAUAACCCCGCUGGUGCCGCCGCUCUUCGAAUAUAUCUCGACACGGUCUGGAAGAACCUGCGGACAUUUCUCAUUUCACUGUCGCAUUCUCCGCCUAAAACGGCAUUGUCUACUUUAAAGCCACUUUUACGGCCUGGAGAUCGCGUUGCGGUUUUGUCCUUUUCUGCUGUCGAGGGCAUGCCUUGGGUGAAACCUACCAAAGUCGAGGACUUGGUCGAGGCCUCUGUGCAGCUUGUGGGACCAAACGGAGAAGUCUUCCCUGCGAGCAAUUUCGCAGAGGCGAUAAGGUGGGCAUCGGAAAAAGACAGCUUGCUGGUUAUAGCAGGUAGCAUAUAUCUGUUAAGCGACUUUGAACGGUUCCAGCGAAAUAUUUGA